GUGAGAUUGAACAAGAUAGAGAGAAUAAAUCUCAGCAAUGCAUCUAAUAAUAGAUUAUUCAACUUUAGUAACUUAAAAAGCGACGCUCUUAGUGAACUCGACAAAGAAGACUUUGUUAUAUAUCCAAAUUAUCUGAAUAUAGAAGAACAGAAAGUACUAUUAAAGCAACUACUUAAAAAAUUAGAUAGAGUCUGUGGUAAACCAAGAAGAAACACUAAUUUACAACGUCAACACGAGGAACAAUACGAAGAGGGUAACCUUCAGCGUGCAUUCUGUCAUAAAGAUAUGUACAGGUGGCAAACUAGUCACUUUGACAAUGUUAUAACUGGAUACAGAGAGGCAAAUGUGCGCUCUAUGACGGUACCAAAUGUCGUAUCAGAGGAGGGUAUUUUGGGUAUAUUGAAGCGACUAUAUGGAUGCUUAUAUGACAACUCUACCGAAUUGACAAAGCUUCAAGCGAAUGAUAUGAAAGAUGAAAGAUUAGAGGAUGACGACUUAAGUGUACCAAAAUGGAUACAAUCACAUAUACUACACUUAUCACCAGAUGGUACUAUACAAGCACAUGUAGAUAACCAGGAAGCAAUGGGUUCUACAAUAAUGGGUCUCAGUCUUGGUGAAGAGCGUUUAGUCGAGUUUAAUAACGAGAGCAAAGGUAGUUUCUUGGUUAGAUUACCAAGCGGAAGCGUUUAUAUACAAAAAAGUAAGCUGAGAUAUGAAUACAAGCAUUCAAUUCUACAAGGUAAUUGUAGAGAUCAGAGGUUAUCGCUAAUGUUGAGAGAUCAACCAAGCCCUAAAUAGAACGUAAAAUAUUAUAUAAAUUAGAUAUUUUUCAUAAUGUCAUCGUUUUCGAAGACUAUCGACAAUUGAAAUGGACGAAGAUAUUGGAUGGAAAUAUAUACUCAAAUAUUGUAUCAUUGGAGAUUCAGGUGUUGGUAAAUCAUGUAUUUUAGUUAGAUUUACCGAUAAUAACUUCUAUAAUACUACGACUGCAACUUUGGGUGUAGAAUUUGGCAGUAGGAUAAUCACAUUAAACAAUAAGGAGAAAGUAAAAGUACAAUGCUGGGAUACAGCGGGCUCAGAGAGGUUUAAAUCGAUUACACGCUCUUAUUUUCGUGGGGCAGCUGGAUGUUUAUUAGUCUACAGUCUAUCGUCACGGGAUAGUUUUAAUAAUCUCGAAAGCUGGUUGAAUGAUAUCAGAAAAUACGCAGACGAUAAUUUAACAGUUUUAUUAGUCGCUAAUAAAGCUGAUAUUCCCUAUUCGGAUAGAGAAGUUAGCAUAGAAGAAGGCGAAAACUGGGCACGAGAGCGGGAAUUAGAUUUUAUAAAAGUUAGCGCUAAAACUGGUGAUAGAGUAGACGAAGCAUUCGAUAGAAGCGCUAGGAUUAUCUUAGAAAAGCUUAAUAAGGGGGCAUUUCAACCGAAAGCCAAUAAGACGUCCGAGGCUGUACUCAAAAUAGAGAAUAGCAAGAAUAUAUCAAGCUGUUGUUAAUCGACAUUUAAUUAGAUUUAGUUUACUUUGACUCCUCAUUGAUAGCUUUGAAUCCUACUGGGACACCGUUUUCGUAGGUUGUGUACUUGAGAGCGCUGUCACCACGACGUGCGGCAACUGCUCUCUCCUUUUCGUUGAGUGAGUUACGGAGUGCACGUCCAGCGACGGUAACGAAUCUGUUGUAUGAACUGCAGUGUAUUGUGAGUAGAGAUCUCCAAGCAGCAGCUGAC